AUGCUACCACACCGAGCCAAGCUAAGGUCGUCAAUGGUGGUCCUGGAAGCAGCAGCGCCUAUACCCAGAGGUGCCUUUGCGCAGACAUCCACUGUGACAUGCCUGCCCUCCUUUGGUUGGAUGAACAACACCCUCGGGCAGGACCCUUGCGUCGUUGUUUCCUACCUUGAGAGUGUCUGUGGAGCUUUCACAGUUGAUCCUUUACCUCCCAAUACCUAUUACGGACCUCCCUCGGCCGCUGGAGCAGACUCUUGCACAUGUAAUACAGUAGCCUACUCGAUGAUGGCCGCUUGCAGCGAUUGUCAGAAUGCCAUAUAUGUAUCCUGGUCUACCUGGAGCACCAAUUGCGCUCAGAUGUCCAUCAGACAAUAUCCGAUGGACAUUCCCACUGGUACCAAGGUUCCGAAUUGGGCGUAUCUGAAUGUUGUGACCGGUGGAUUCGACCCUGUCGCAGCACAAAAUAACGGAGACCUCCCGGAAUCUACUGCAAUCAAUGCACAAUCUACUAUCACAGUCACUUAUUCGACCACGUUCUCUGCUUCUUUGACCAGUUCUUCGACCACAUCUACAGGACUUUCUCUCACAUCAACAUCUAGUCCGACAAGUCCAAAUGUUGGAGCUAUAGCCGGAGGUGUUGUUGGUGCAAUUUUGGGUGCAGCCAUCCCGCUUUCAGUGACACAGGCAGAGGUCCGGGCCACACUCGAAGUUUUUACUAGCGCUAAUGCAUCUCCAAUGGCACAGCGACCACGUCUCUACGACCCCUCUGACCCGGCCACUUUCCCAGGUCGUCCUCACUCCUUCGCCGACCCAGUUACUUCAUCUAGCAGUAUAAGCAAAAAUCCAUUGAUGCCCUCACCCAUCUCUCCCCAACAGUCGCGUCUUGGACAGUACGCUCCAGAACUCUAG